CUAAAACUAAAUUCCAAAUUAUCCACUAUUUUGAUAUUGACGAAGCGAAGUAAGAGAUGCAACAAAACAUUUCGAGUGUCUAUUCCCCUUCUCACAUUCUUUUUCAGUCGUUCGUGAUACCACCUCUAGUCCAACCAUCAGCGGUCAACCUCUGUUCGCCGACUUCUACUUCUCAUGUCUUUUAUGCUCCAACUCUUUAGUGCCACUACCUUCCUCUUCUGUGGACUCCGAUUGACUCAGUCUUUAUGGGGAAACUCGACUCCACCGACUGUUGUGUCUUCGCCUUCCAAAAUAUGAAAACACAUUGUGAUAUUUUGUUGUAACUUGUACUGUUUAGAUGUUUUCUAUUCCAAGAAAUUAUAUUUAUAAAUUUUUAUUCUUAUUUAAAUUAAAUUUUUGAAAGAGAACAUCUCUAGAUAAAAUUCCUGGUCUGCCACUUAUUGAGAUGUACGCUUUUAAGUAAACCCAAACAAGGUCUUAUUGUUUCUUAAGUCUUAAUUAACCAACACAACAUUUUCCAACAAAAUUUUAACCACGAUCUUAGUAUCUAAGUCGAAACUUGAUCAUUUUUUACCAAUUACAACACAUCUCAAUGGCAAAUAAAUAAUAAUUACGUUGGUCAAGAAUUUCUUAUAGGAACCAUCAUUGGAAGGCUAGACUCUUGUUGGGGACAAGAAACAACGUAAAUGCGAGGAUGAUUCGGAUUUAUCAUGGCAAUGCUUUGUCUAGCUUCUAAAAUUACUUUAUGGGGUCAAUUACACAAACGACCAUUUAACUUUGGAUUCAUUAAUAAGUAGGUCGUUCAACUUUAACUCUUAACAAAGUUGUCCCUAAAAUUCGAAAUACCCAUGUAACAAUUACUUUUGUCUUUCUCAUUUAAUUUUCUUCUGUAAUCAUCUAGGCUAGCAAGCUAACUUAACCAAAUUACUUAUAGAAAUGAAUGAAUACAAACCCUGAUUAUUUGGCAUGGACGAUCAAAUUUAAGUCGUAUUGGCUCUAGAUUUUUAUCCAAUCUUUCUUGAUAUUAUCGCAAACUACUCUAAUCCUCUCCCCUUUCUUGAUCGAUUACUUACUACAUGGUAAGCAAAGACCUUUUAUAGGAUUAAUUUGAGUGGUCUAACACAAAGGUAUUGACGAAUUGGGCACAUAAUAUGUGAGGAAUUAGCGUUAUCUAUGAAAUUCCAAACUUCGACAAAGAAAAAAUAUAUAGAAAUGUAUAGUUAAGUGUCUGGUUUGUUAAUGUUCGAAGGUUGAUGACCGUUUACCUAAUUGACUCUUUUCUUUCAUAGAGAAAUCAUGGCCCUAGGCUAGGCUGAUUAAUCAAUCGCUUCCUGGCCUCAGCUUUCACCAUGCAAGGUUGCCAAUAUCAACUUCAUCUCGAAUAAUCUAUGAAGUUGAUGAUUUCCCUCUUGUCAAUCCAGCACAUCAAGAAGGUAAAUCCCAAAAAAAGAGAAUAAACAAAGAGGUAUAGCUUAUAGCUAGGUUCGAGGUUCAUGAACAAGGAAAUGAAGGAAGCUAGGGUAGCUCCUCGAGUUGCUCUAGUAGUUAUUCUUGCUUAUGAAAUUUUAUAAGCAUGAAAGGACAAGGUAGCUAAUUGAAUUUCAGAGGGAUUAGUUGUUCUGGUCGGUUAAGCUAAGCAAACAUUACAAAAAAUUGUUACUAUGAUGCUAUGUUAUAAUAAUGGAUUAAGGAGUUUGUAGAUGCCAUUAUAUUGCUUAGUCUUUAUAAUAGUUUUUAUUUUUUGUUGGAAAACCUAAUUAUUAUUUUAUUACGGAUUAAGGAGUUUGUAGAUGCCAUUAUAUUACUUAGUCUUUUUAAUAGUUUUUUUUUUUGGAAAACCUAAUUAUGAAUUACCAUAAUUCUAUUCCAUUUUGAUGAAAGUGGAUUCAUCCAUGUAUCGAUUUAUAAGAAAUAUAGAUUUUAAUUGUACUAGUUAUCUAUUUUCUUUCCAGUUAUAACGAGUAAUCAAACGAUAAAAUUUUCCUGCUAUUGCAUGAAAUUUAAUUACAUAUUCAUUCAUUAUAAUCGAUCAUCCAAAGGACCCUGUACCAAGUUCUGUUUUGUUUAUUGCUUGGGAUAAUUACGAGUUUACUAGGCCACAUGACCAUGAUGUUUGCUUUAGGGCCAAGGGAACUUUACAUGUUAAAAAAUGUACUAAACUAUUUGACAUCCCUGACCCCUUUUCUGUCCUCUCCUCAGUCCUCUCUACUGUAAAUUGUAAAAAAGAGAGGAGGAAACACUGACAAAAAGGUUGUCUCCAUGUACCACGUACAUUAUUGCUAAUAAGUAAUAAGUGAUUAACUAUGGAGGCAAAGGUAGCGGCUUUUUUAUUAGCUAACCUCAACUUUAUCAUUUCACUCUUACACAUACACAUGAUGGUGAUGGACUUGUAUUAGAUUUGUAAUCGAUACCAACUUAGAUGGAUAAGCACACUUUGAGGUACAAUGACCACUUAGUAAAAGUUUGCAAUUGAUAUCAACAAUCUAUUGAGUGAGGCAUGCUCUCAUAAAUGAUUCACAUAACUUUACUCUUAUCGAACAAGUCACGAGAGAUUGAAGAGCCAUCACAAAUAAAAUGAACAAUCAAUUGAUACGAGUUAUUCAAAUAGAAGCAAAAAAUCAACAUCAAUUCGUAAUCUUGCAUUAACUUAUUGUAUUUCAAAUACAUCAUUUGCACAUGCACCUAAAAUAAUGAACCAAUUAAAUAACAAAACUAACCCAUCAGACGCUAUGCAUUCGGAUGUUCACUGUGAUCUGCACACCCAUCCACACAUAAAAAUCGUAGUCCCCUUUUUAUAAACUCGUGUAACUCCUUGUUCAAUACAUCUAUUUUCUAACUAUCGUUAAAGUACACCUCUCUAACUACGGGACUCAUUAUUCAACUAAAUAAUCUUCCCCACAACAAAAUUUCACACCAUUUACAACAUAUUUGUGUACUCUUCUCAAUAGUCAAUAACACACCAUUCAAAAUCAUAACUUCCAAUGUUGUACCUUUUCUGUAACUUGCCUCCCUUGUCCUUCCCAUCAAACACCUAUAUAUAAAAUCCAACACACUCCCAUAAAAUCCCCCAUUCCAAAACCUCCCCUUUCCCAUCCCCAAUACAUCUGUUCUAUAAACAAAAGCUUUUGCAUUCCACUUCCACCUCCACACCACCAUCUUUUGUUAGUUUGUACAGAACUACAGAUCCAAAACCCCCUCUCACCCAAAAACCAAUCCAAAUUCCAAAGUAGACUUAAAGAAAGCAAAUUAGGGUUACCACUAAGCACUAGCCAGCCAGCAGUAGCCUCUUUUCCACCAUAAUAUCAAAAGAAGUUUGAGACCCAUUUAUAAAAAAUUCUAGUUAUGGUAACUGCAGCCCUUCUUUUGUCCUGUUUCCCCUUCCUCUUCUCUUCCCUUGUAAUAGCAAUCCUUCCUCAAACAUCUCCCAAUCUCAAGACCUGCAAUUCUUCUUCCUCAUGUGAGACAUUUGCUAUUCUUCACACAAAUCCAUUCUUCUCUUCUCUCUCGAACUUAACCCUCUUCCUCAAUCUCAACCGUGUCGCCAUUGCCGAAGCGAAUGAGCUCCCUCCCAAAACAGAGUAUUUCAAAAAGGACCAGUCUUUGCUCAUCCCAUUGACCUGCAAGUGCUCUAAAGGCGGUUUCGAAGCUGAACUCGUGAAAACGACGGUCAAAGGCGACAGCUUUUCCUCCAUUGCUGGUUCUCUUGAAGGACUGACGAACAUUGAUGGAAUCAGGACGAGGAACCCAAAUGUGGGGCCAUGGAAUCUCGGCGAGAAAGCUCGGAUCUUGAUCCCGUUGAGAUGCGGUUGCCCUGAAGCGCCAUUGGAUAAAGCUCGAAUCUUUCUCACUUACCCUGUUCUUCCAGGUGAUUCCAUCUCCACCCUUUCCAUCAAAUUCAACGCUUCCCCUGAAUCUAUAGUCUCUGCGAAUCCCCAGUUGCAGGCGAAACUCCAGCCGUUCACCUCCGUUCUGAUCCCGGUCACCGAGAAACCUCACAUUCUCUUCCCCAAUUUCCGGCUCCGUCGAAAGAAAAUGCGGCGGAAGGUGGGAAUGUACGUGGCUGUGAUAUGCGGUGUGAUUCUCGGGUGCAUCGCAAUUGCAGCGGGAGUCUUCGUGGCGUUGAUGCAGCUCAAGAAGAGGGAAGCCCAGAAACAGGGGAAUCAACUAGGAAAAAAACAGAGAUCGAAAGAUGCUGACGUGGAGCUCCAGCAGCUGAGUUUGAGCGUCAGGACGACGAGCGACAAGAAAGUAUCGUUCGAGAGCUCGCAGCACGAAAACGUGGAUCUCAAUCAUCCCCAUAGCCAGAUCGUUGAGGCCACUACGCCGCGGCAAAAGAGGACGAUUUUGGAGAGCUACACGGUGGAGGAAAUACAGAGGGCUACAGAGGAUUUCGAUUCGGGGAAUCACAUCCAAGGGAGCGUCUACCACGGCCGGCUCAACGGCAAGAACAUGGCGAUCAAACGGUUGAAAUCGGAACACGUGUCGAAGAUCGAGUUCGGGAUCUUGAGCAAUCCAACUCACCAUCAUCCUAAGAUCCUCAAGGUCUUGGGGACUUGUUUGAGUGAAGAAGGGUCGAAUUGUUCGUACCUAGUGUUCGAGUAUGCCAAAAAUGGGUCCUUGAAAGAUUGGCUCCAUGGAGGGUUGGCCAUGAAAAAUCAGUUCAUUGCGUCGUGUUACUGUUUUUUGACGUGGGAUCAAAGGCUCAAGAUAUGUCUAGAUGUGGCUGUUGGGUUGCAAUACAUGCAUCACAUCAUGAGCCCUAGUUAUGUCCACAUGAAGCUAAGGAGCAGGAACAUUUUCCUCGAUGAGGAGUUCACCGCUAAGAUAGGAAACUUUGCUAUGGCGAAACUCGUGGAAGAAGAUGAUCAAAUUGACAUUGAUUAUCUAGCUCCUGAGUACGUAAACCAAGAGGUAAUCGCCCCGAGCAUUGAUAUUUUUGCAUACGGUGUCGUUUUGCUCGAGGUUUUAUCCGGCAAAACGGCGAUGGCAAGAGGGGAUGAAAAGGGAAAAGGGAGUGUGAAGCUUUGCGAGAGCGUAAAGAGAGUAUUAGAUUCGGAGAAUGACGUGGAUCUGAAGGAAUGGAUCGAUGGCGUGUUGGGUGAUGGCUAUUCGCUCGAUGAGGCUCUGACAUUGGCCAAUCUGGCGCGAACAUGUGUCGACGAAGACCCGAGUUUGCGACCAAGUGCUGGAGAUAUAGUCGAGAAGCUCUCUGCAUUGGUCGAGGAAUCAAGCAUGGGAGAAGGAGGGGAGAGCAGCAAUGUGUUGUUUAGUGAGAGCUCUAGUAAGCCUCUAGUGAAAGCUGCAGCAACAUAAAGUAUAGUGGCCAUGAAUGGGAGUGUGGAGUUUGUGUGAUUAGUGAUACGAUUAUUUGAUGGGAGAAAGUUGAGAGUGAUCAUGUGUUUUCUUUAGUUUGUGGCAAUCCUUAAUUAUGAGGUGAAGAUUUUGGUUGUAGAUACGUAUGUAAUGGUCAAUACAUAUGAUAGAUAUAGUUGGAUGAAUUGGCUUCCUCAAAUAUGAUAGAUCUCGUCUUGUAUUUGAUAGUUCAUGUCACUUAAUAUUGUCAAUAAAUCAAAGUUUAUUCA